AUGAGCCUUUUCAAAUUGACUUUUGACUUCGUCAAAUUUAGCCGUUUGAGCAGACUUCAUAUUCAUUCAUCUCGAAUGGAGUCACGGGGAACCAGUUCUGGUGUCACGACUGAAAGGAGUUAUUACGACGAAAUGGAGGAAGGGGCCGACGGUCAGCAGCUAGAACAAUCGAUGCUCCAGACAGAGCAAU